UCGCGGCGCCCGCGCUGCGGGCUGAUUCCGGCCGGGGCGGCUGCGCUGCUAGCCGGGGCCAGCUGCUUGUGCUACGGCCGCUCACUGCGGGGCGAGUUUGUGCACGACGACGUGUGGGCGAUCGUGAACAACCCCGACGUGCGGCCCGGGACCCCGCUGCGCUGGGCCGUUUUCGCCAACGACUUCUGGGGCAAAGGCCUGGCGGACAGCACCAGCCACAAGUCCUAUCGGCCGCUGUGCGUGCUGUCCUUCAGGCUAAACAUAUUUCUGACUGGCAUGGACCCUUUCUACUUUCAUGUGGUGAACGUCAUUCUACACUGCCUGGUGACCCUCGUGCUGAUGUAUACCUGUGAUAAAACAGUCUUCAAGAAUCGUGGACUGGCUUUUGUCACAGCCCUGCUGUUUGCAGUGCACCCGGUCCACACCGAGGCGGUGGCUGGCAUCGUGGGCAGAGCUGAUGUGUUAGCGUGUCUCCUGUUCCUGCUCGCCUUUCUUUCCUACCACAGGAGUCUGGAUCAGGACUGUGCAGGGCAGUGCUUCCCCGCCACGGCUUCCCCCUUCUUCCUGCUGCUCAGCUUGUUUCUGGGGACCUGUGCCAUGCUGGUGAAGGAGACGGGCGUCACUGUGUUCGGGGUGUGUUUGGUGUAUGACCUCUUCUCCCCCUCCCACCAGCAGGACAAGUCGAGCAAUGGGGUGAUCUGUCAGCACAGCUCACAGCAGCCAGGGGACCCCCAACCCUCCUCUCAGCAUGCCCACCCCCACCGUGAGAGCAGAAAGCAGCGCUUCCCACACAAAGAUUCUUGGGGAGGCUGCCAUUCACCACUGCCACCGGAGCCCAAGAGCAGCAGGUUCCCUGUGUCUGCAGGAGCAGUGUGGUCCCUGAUGAGGAGAACAGCUGCUGGAGCGUGGGUUCCCGGCAGAUGGCAGGACACAGGAGAAGCCAGGCACUUAACAAUUCUGGAAGGGCCUGGCUCUGUUCCUGGAACUUUUCCUGUCAAACUGAAUAUCGUUAUGUGUCUGACAGGAAGCAGCAACGGGAAUUUCCUGCUUACCCUAAGACCAUUUUUAAAACGGGCCAUUUUGGUCGUCAGUUAUGUGACUGUCAUUUUGUAUUUCCGCCUGUGGAUAAUGGGAGGAACUAUGCCCCUCUUCUCAGAGCAGGACAACCCAGCUUCGUUUUCACCUUACAUCCUUACAAGGUUCCUUACCUAUUCCUACCUCCUGGCCUUCAAUGCAUGGCUUCUGCUGGCACCCAUCACCCUGUGCUACGACUGGCAAGUGGGAAGUAUUCCUCUGGUGGAGACCGUGUGGGAUGUGAGGAACCUGGCUACUGUCCUGCUGGCAGUGGCGAUGGCCUUGCUGAGCCUACACUGCAUGGCAGCCUUCAAGAGGCUGGAGCACAAGGAAGUGUUGGCCGGCUUGCUGUUCCUCGUGUUCCCGUUCAUCCCAGCCAGCAACCUCUUCUUCAGGGUGGGCUUUGUGGUGGCCGAGAGAGUCCUGUACAUGCCUAGCAUGGGCUACUGCAUUCUCUUCGUGCAUGGACUGAACAAGCUCUGCACUGGGCUGAGCCGGUGUGGAGCCACCUCCCUGAUGGCAUCUACUGUGUUGUUGCUACUGCUUUUUUCCUGGAAAACUGUGAAGCAGAAUGAAAUUUGGUUGUCGAGAGAGUCCUUAUUCAGGUCUGGAGUUCAGACUCUGCCCCACAAUGCAAAGGUUCAUUACAACUAUGCCAAUUUCCUAAAAGACCAAGGUCGGAACAAGGAAGCCAUCUACCACUACAGAACCGCCCUCAAGCUGUACCCACGCCAUGCAAGUGCGCUGAACAACCUUGGGACACUGACAAAGGACGUGGCAGAGGCAAAGAUGUACUACCAGAGGGCACUGCAGCUCCAUCCGCAGCACAACCGCGCACUCUUCAAUCUGGGGAAUCUCCUGAAGUCCCAGGAGAAAACAGAAGAAGCCAUCGUGCUGCUGAAGGAAUCCAUUAAGUAUGGUCCAGAUUUUGCUGAUGCCUACUCGAGCUUGGCUUCUCUCCUGGCUGAGCAGGAAAGAUUUAAGGAAGCUGAGGACAUCUACCAGGCUGGAAUAAAGAACUGUCCAGACAGCUCAGAUUUGCACAACAACUACGCAGUUUUCUUAGUUGACUCUGGCUCUCCAGAGAAGGCCGUGGCUCACUACCAGCAGGCCAUCCAGCUCAGCCCAAGCCAUCACGUGGCUGUGGUGAAUCUGGGCCGACUCUACAGGUCCUUGGGAGAAAACAGCAUGGCAGAAGAGUGGUACAAACGUGCCCUGCAGGUGGCCCGCACGGCCGAGGUCCUGUCACCCUUGGGAGCACUCUAUUACAACACUGGCCGACACAAGGAGGCUUUGGAAGUGUACCGGGAAGCUGUCUCACUCCAGCCUUCCCAGAGGGAUCUCCGCCUGGCACUGGCACAGGUUUUAGCAGUGAUGGGUCAAACCAAAGAAGCUGAAAAGAUGACCAGUCACAUAGUGUCCGAGGAACCCAGAUGCCUGGAAUGCUACCGCCUCCUAUCAGCAAUCUACAGCAAGCAGGAACACCAUGAGAAGGCGCUCGAGGCCAUAGACAGGGCUCUUCAGCUGAAGCCCAGGGACCCAAAAGUCAUAUCUGAACUUUUCUUCACAAAAGGAAACCAGCUGAGAGAGCAGAACCUUCUGGACAAAGCUUUUGAGAGCUAUGAGGCUGCUGUGACCCUGGAUCCUGACCAGGCACAGGCGUGGAUGAACAUGGGUGGCAUUCGGCACAUCCAGGGAAGCUAUGUGUCGGCAAGGGCCUAUUACGAGAGAGCCCUGAGGCUGGUUCCAGACAGCAAGCUGCUGAAGGAAAAUCUAGCCAAGCUGGAUCGCCUGGAGAGAAGGUUACAAGAAGUCCGAGAAAGGGAUCAAACAUAGCUCCGAGGACACAGUCACGUGGGACUCGGCAGGCUGGAAGAGGACCGAGUGGGGGCGGCCUUGCUCAUACACAGCAGGCCCUGCCAGCCAGGCAGUCCCCUCCUGGUGGCACAGCUGCUGGGGGCUGUGCGAGUUGUUUCCAUGAAGGGACAAACAGCCAGGGCGGGCAGGCCACCUGCAGGGGAGGGAAAUAGCCUGUUACAGGUUCCUCUGGGUCGGUCCCUGGUCCCAGGAUGCAGACACUGAACUCCAUUCUUACUGUAGCCCAGAAACACAGAAGCUUGGAGUUCUGUAGAGGAGACAGCUGUUCAUAAGGAAGGAUGUGUCCUCUGAAGUCAGCUCUUGGGAAAGUCUACUUGUGGAAGUUUAAUAUAUUCUCAAGAAUCCGGAAUGGAUGGUGAAGAGCAUUGGUAGAGUCUUGUGAAGUUAUAGGAACAGGGCACUUGAUCGCUGGGCUUGGUCUAAUAACUCCCAAGAGUAUCGCUAAGGACCUUUGGAGAAGUACAUUAAAUUCCACUCUGAUAUAUGCUUUUCCAGUGCCUAAAACAUGAGGGGAUCUUCUAGAAUUAUAUGUGGGCAUCUUUAUUUCUACAGGAAAAAUCUCCCUGAGCAGUAAAAAAGAGCUGAGCAUCCUUGAUUCUUUAUGAAAAUGUUUGAAUUGUAUUCCAGAUUGUACUAGAGUUGUGUCCCACAUUGAAACUUCUCAGUGCAUUAACCAGGAGACUACCACCCUAAAAUAUGCUGCUCAGGUGGGGAGCGGCAGCGUGCGCUCUGCAUGGAAGUGUUAAGGGGUCAGUCCAGAGAAGUGCUCUCCUUUAGACGUUGUGAGAUUUAUUAUUUUUGAAACAUUGAGAAUUCCUCACAGAUUGAGUUGAGGGAAGAAAGCUCUAUUUAUUGACUUUUGAGGUUUAGUAGGAAUUCUGUACUUAAAAGACAAGUGACCAAAAGCAGACCGUCUGCUUAGUAAGUUUGCAGACUACAUGGAGAAUGCUCUAAAACUCUCGGGUAAAGUCUAAAUUCAUAAUUUUUUAAAAAUAUAUUUAUAUUUAAAAAUGAGGAAGGCAAAGUUGAAAUCAUAAUUUGACAUUAUUUUUAGUGUUAUUUAUUGUAUAACUUAUAAAAUAUUUAAUAUAUAUCCACAUGUCUUGUUUUUUUUCUCUGUACAUAGUCAUUUUGAUAGCAGCUCUCAAAACCAAUCAUAUGAAAACUGCAAAAUAAGAAAGCUUUAACAGUCUCCCCAAAUAAUACUGGUUAUUUGCCACUUAAAGCUAAUGGAAUUAGGGGUCAGCUCAGUGUCUGGGUAGUCGGUGAAGGAGCUGGGUACCUUCUUCUAACUGGUACUUAUCAAUGGAAACAGAGACACACAGAAGAUGCAGGUCCUGAUGCUGAGCCAGUUGUCAAACACACGUGACAGCCGGGAAGCAGCAUCUCACCUGCACAGCGAGAGGGAAACCCUGCUUCUUCCAACUCAGCAUCAGGGUGCAGUGCCUCUGUAGGCUAUUUUUCUGGCAGGUAAGUUGAAAUAAAUGGCUGAAAACUUAUUUGAAAAGACAUGAUGAAGCCAGGCGGUGGUGGUGCACGCCUUUAAUCCCACCACUUUGGAGGUAGAGGCAGGCUGAUCUCAAUGAGUUCAAGGCCAGCCUGGUCUACAGAGUGAGUUCCAGGACAGCCAGGGCUACACAGAGACCCUCCCACACACACCCAAAAAAGGGCAUUUGACCCAGUGCACACCUGCUUCUGGGAGCCAGUAUUUGUCACUGUCACCUCAUGUAUGUAAUUGUCAGUCAGUGUUACAUAUCAUAAAUUGAUCCAGAAUCUUAUUUUCUUCUUCCAUCUAAGACAUCUUUAGUACCAAGGUAAAAACUAUGCACUAUAGUGUUUAUUAUAAAGUAAUUCCAAGCCCCUAAUUUGGAAAGCAGGGGUCCUUGGUCACAUCUUAGUACCACUUUGUAGAAUAGUAUUUACCAAAAUGGGUACAUUAAAAACUAAUGGGACAGAUUGAACUUCAAAGUUUGACAUAAUUCUGCCUUAUGUAAAGUGCUACAGAAGGUCUCAGUGUAAACUUGUUGGAAUAAUUAAAAGGGUAAUUACAACAUAAGCGUUUCUAAGGAGGGAAGGCCACAGUGGCGUCCAGAGACCGCUGCAUGGGGCCUCUCCUUUCUCAUUUGUCUGCCCACUCUGACAUCUCCCUGAGCAGUAAAAAUAAGCACUGUUUAAAAAGAGAAACAAGCCAGGCGGUGGUGGCGCACGCCUUUGAUCCCAGCACUCGGGAGGCAGAGCCAGGCGGAUCUCUGUGAGUUCGAGGCCAGCCUGGGCUACCACGUGAGUUCCAGGAAAGGCGCAAAGCUACACAGAGAAACCCUGUCUCGAAAAACCAAAAAACAAAACAAAACAAAACAAACAAACAAACAAAAAGAGAAACAAAGUCAGCUUGCUUUUUGGCUCGGAUAUUGAAUGAGCCAAUGAGAGAGUUUCCAUGGUAGAUAUGUUGCCUGGGAGAAAAUCAGUUACAAAGUGUGUUUUAAAGCUGUUGAGUGUAUCUUGUAACACCCUGUUUGGUUCUUGUGACGUGGACUAAUCCGUGGGAGUCAUCCUUAUUACAGUAGAAACAGAGAUCCUGGCUUGUGAAAAGGCAUCUGAUUUGUCACUAGCAGGCUUGUGUGUCAUGAGUGACUGGAGAGCUGUUUCUGAAAUCCAGGAGUAGAGUUGGCUUUGUGCACGAAAAUACUCUGCUGGCAAUUCUAACAUUGUCAUUGCCCUCAUCAUUGGUACUGAGAAAUGGACCCAAGACCUUGUACAUACCAGAAGCACUCUCUCGCACUGGCUCUAUUCUCAGCUAACAUUAUCUUAGGGUUUUGUUUUAUUUUAUUUUUUACAAGAGUCUAGCGUGUGUCUCAGAAUUCUGUAACAUGCCCUGGGUAGGAAGGAGGAGACAAAGAAUGAAUCAGGAGUUGCUUUGCCUGGGCUGAGCCCCCAGCAUGGAGUUUCUGGGUUCUUUCCUCCGUUACACAUAGAGCCCUUCACAUCCCUGGAGCCCCUCCCCCACCAUUCACUGUCAGGCCUGCCCAUCAUCGUCCCUAGACCAGUGCUUGUCAUGAAAUCCACCUAUGACAUAGAAGCUGCAGGAAUGGCUUUGGUGGCUUACUUCAAAUUUGGGGAUUAUUUAGUAAGGAUUUUCCAAAAGUGAUUCAGAUGUUUCAGGUUAUUAAUGUCCUUUAUAAAACCUGAUUUGGUGGUGGAACUCAGGGGGGGGAGUGCUCUUUGAGGGGCUGGGGGCCUUGUUUGCUUUUGUGGUUCUGGCCUAGAACUCCAUGUGCCAGGCAAGCCCUCCCUCUGUCACUUGCUACCAGAGACAUCUCAGCCCCAGACCAGUUUAUUUUUGAAGGUUAUCACAAAGCAAAGAGGUUUCUGGUCUUCAUCAGUAUGCAGGUUCUCUUCUGAAGUCUGCAGCAGAAUUUCAGAGGCCCUUUUCAGCUUUCAGCCAAGACUAAAUAAAAAAUUCCAAACCACACUGUAGAAUCCAACCUGAGGUGACUGAACCGAGGGAGAAAAGAAAGCAAAUGUCCCAUAUCUUGUGAUUGUUAGCAGAGAGUCUACAUCCUUCCGAUCCCAGAGAGCAGGGGCUGGAGGGCGGCCUUCCCUCCUGCACAGGGGCUCUCAGCACUGGCUGCCCUUAGAGAACAGCUAGGACUCCUACAAACUCCCUGAGAUGAGCUUUCUGGUGCCAGCAAAGUCCUGCAGGGAUGACUGCUUUGAACAAGGCUUUCUACCAAGGAGAAGUGGGUAUUAUCAUGAAAUUUUUAUUUCUAGCUACUGGACUAAAAUGAGCCAAAGAAUUCUAAAGGCUGAGUCAAUGCCCCAUGGGUUGGUCAAGGCCAUUAUUCCUAGACUGACCAGCAGGUGGCUGAGUAGGGUGGCUUUAUGCUUGUGGCAACUGGACUAUAAUUUGUCCUUCUAUUUAGAAAAUGCUUGGGUGUCAAAUGGAGAGGCACCACCUUGCCAUUUGCACACACCAGGCAAGAUGCCAAGGAUAAGAAAUAAACAAAAAACCCGAUAUCUUUUUACUCUUAGAAGGUGUCCAUGGUGCAGAGUUUGUCUCUUUCUGCCUGGCACACAGACACUGGGGCUUUGUUAUUUAGUUCUUGAUUGCACUUACUAAAACCUGCUUUUGAUGAGCUGAAUGUAGGGGUGCGUACCUUUAGUCCCAGCACUUGGGAAGCAGAGACAGGCAGAUCUCUGAGUUUGAGACCAGCCUAGUCUACAACAAAGCAAAUUCUAGGACAGCUAAGGCUACACAGAGAGACUCUGUCUCAAAAAACCAACCAAUCAACCACCCAAACAAACAAACCCUCCUUAAAAAAAAAAAAAGAAUAAUGGGCAAAACUGCCUGCUCUUGUCUGUGGUGGAUCCACCCAGGGGAAUACUAAACCUUUAGAUUAGUACUGACACUGAGAGCAUGUAGCUAUGGUAGAGGUAGGCUGGUUCUUUUUCUUGUUUUCAAAUCACACUUUUGAUUGUAGGCUGGCAUCACCCAAAUACAGCAAAACACAAGUAUCUAAAUGCCAUCCUUUUACAUUUAAAAAUGUAAAUGUCUGUCAAACCUUUCUUUCAGACUGCAGCUGUAUAAGCUAAGACUUUAGAAAACCAAAAACCAGUAUUGGAAAUAUUACAAUUCUUAACAUUGUUCUCAGUUUUCAAUGCAAAGCAUGUUAUAUAGUUCUGAAAACACUUCUAAUAUUUUUGUUUCUGUGAGUUCUUUGUUCUGAGAUAGGAGAUAAAGUAACCAUAGUACAAAACAUGUCUUCAUAUUAGAGUGGGACCACAGGAUGGAUAAAAUAUCUGGAGCCAUCAAUUGGUUCAUAUUAAAAUAGUCAAUUUUCAUCACCAGGGCUCUUCCGAUUAAAACCAUCAGGGCAUGUAAUUUAAAACAAAACAAAACAAAAACCUAGCACCUCAUACUACACAGCCCUGGUCUGAGUGAAAACAUGGGUUGCCAGUCAUUCCUAACUGGAAAUGUCUGCAUGCAGAGGUCCGGGAUAUCGCCUCCUUGUCAGGGGCAAUGAUUUGUAUUUGUAGUGAGUCUGGAAGUUCCUGCUGUGCAUAUCCUUUAGCUGCUGGCCCGCCCAUCGUGGGGACACACUACUUCAAGAUUAGUGCUUCUGAGUUCUAAUUCUAGCGUCACUCUAAGGAGUUACCUCACAAGGGCAGGUUAGUCUGAGUCUCAGUGGAGUUUGUCACCCAUGAAGCACUGCCCUGUCCAGUGUUUCCAGGAAUACCAUGAGCCUCCAAAAUGCAUUAAAAGGCACCAUGCAUCUGUGAAGAUAAUGAUCUUAUUCCUGACUGUUCUUACUAACAACCACAAGGAAACAUGCAGACAAACAACCCUGGGAAGACUGGGCUGCCUAAGUGUGUUAACAUGGUAGAAGUAACUCUUACUUUACAGUCGUGCUUAAAGUCCUUAUGGUGACCCUGCCAGUUUCCUGGGAGAAAAGAUAAUGUCCUCUCCUAGGGAACUGAGGUGUCUGUGGGAGCCAGGGACAUGUGGCAGUCGCUGUGUUUGCUGUCAGGACUUUGUCCUUUGUUCCUGCUGCUCAACGUUCCUCUUUUGGUUGGUUGUAUAUAAAUGUACACCUGUGUUAUUUUUGCUAUGCUGCUUAAAAUAUUUCUCUGUUUAAGUCUGACUGUAUACUUUGCCUAAGUCUUUCAAAAAUAAAAUUUAUGUAAAUGUCUAUUUUAUAUAAAACAUGGUAAAAUAAGAA